CUAGUUUGCUCAUGAUUGUUCAACGCCUUGAGCUCUCUUAUACAUAAAAAUGAUCUCGGCGGUGUAGUAAAAUUGAUUUUGCAAUUGUAAGAUAACUGCAUGCAUGCUAAUUUUACUAUUUUGUAUUUCUAAUGAUAAUGUUGUGAGUUUUAGUCAUCACUAAUUGAACUAUAAAGGAAUUUUAUCAAUUCAGGACCCGAAAGAUAGAUGAAUUAUCAAUCCGGGACCUGAAAGAUGAAAUGUAUCGAUAUAAGACCCGAAUGAUGGAAAACUAUCGAUUUAGGACUUGAAUGAUUGGAAAUUAUCAAUUUAGGACCUAAGUUGUCCGAAAUUUUAUUAAUUUUUUAUCUUAAAAUUUUUAAAUAUUAUUUAGUUUUAUGAAACUAAUAAACUUUUGUGAAGAAAAGUUUAUCAAAAAUUAGCAAUGGAAUUAAUAAAAAUUAAAUAAAUCAAAACCUAUGAAAUUUUAGGUUCUAGAUUUAUAGUUUUUCAUCAUUCAGGUCCUAUAUCGAUAGAUCUCAUCUUUCAGAUACCGAAUUGAUAAUUCAUCUAUCUUUCGGGUCCUGAAUUGAUAAAAUUCUAACUAUAAACGAAGAUAAAUACGUUAGAUAAUUUUGUUGAUCUGAUAUUACUAUUUUUUCUAUUUUUUAAAAAUCAUUCGCCAAAAUAAUAAUAAAUUCAACAAAAAGAAUUCACACAUUUCAAAAAUUAAAUUCUAGAUGAGAACUUUUUUCCAAAUGCAUUGGCCCAAGAAUUCAUAGCCAUCCUUGGUGUACAUUUUAAAAAAAUCUGCCUUUUUGAGGAAUUGAAUAGGUACAAAAAUAUGCACAAACAGUUUUUACCCAUCAUAUUUGCACAUGCAUGUAGCUAGCAGGUAUCUUGUCAACCGCUAUUUCCCCUCUGCGGCUCUGCCUAUCUCCUCUACGUCCUUCAUUUACAAUUCUCAAUUUUAAUGUGAUUCUCUCUUAGCUUAUUGUAACUUGGGAACCUGAAUUAUUCUUCUGAACAGGAAACUAAUCCCCUUUUCUUCUUCCUUUGUUGUUGUCCUUGAGGAGGAGCCAUGGGAAAGUCCAACCUUCCCACCGUUUCUCAAAGUGAGGAUGAUGCCGAAGAAAAUGAUGACAUGGGGAUUGCUGAAAUUGCACCGAAGCUAUUGUUUUGUUCGUCUAUUUCUCUCACAGCUGAAGAGAUGCAAUGCUUAAGCAUGGGGGGCAAUGAAGAUCAGAGUAGAGGAGAGCACAGAAAAGCUUCGAGUAGGGAGGCCAUUGAGGAGAAGAAAACUUGUGAAGAAACAACAUCAGAGGCCAAUAAUUUCUGUAUCUUGCCCACUCCAGCUGAUGGAAAAAGUCAUUCUCAGUGGCAUGGAUUCCUUAAGAAGCUGAAGAAAGGACAAGCAAUGAGCUUGCAUACAUUUCAUCCCAGCAUACCAGCUCUUCCCUCGAUGAAGAAGACCCCCAAGAAAAGAACAAGGAAGAGUUUGCCCGCUCUCCCUGCUGAAAUGGAUGCAAAUCAUCUUGUACCGUCGUGCUUUGAGACUUCUUGGAAAAAUUUCUCCCUUUCUGAGCUACAGAAAAUCACUGACAACUUUAGUCCUGAAAAUUUGAUCGGGGAGGGAGGUUAUUCAGAAGUAUACAAGGGACACUUGGAUGAUGAGCGGCUAGUAGCAGUUAAGAGACUGAUAAGAGGAAGUCCUGAGGAGAUGACAGCAGACUACUUAUCUGAACUCGGAAUUUUGGUACAUGUGAACCAUCCCAACAUUGCAAGUGUUAUUGGUUAUGGAGUUGAAGGAGGGAUGCAUCUUGUCCUACCGCUGUCUCCUAAUGGGAGCUUAGCAACUUUGCUCAAUGACCACAAGGAAAAGCUAGUUUGGGAAAGUAGAUACAACAUCGCUUUAGGCACUGCAGAGGGUCUGUCUUAUCUUCAUGAAGGGUGUCAGCGAAGAAUUAUCCAUCGAGAUAUCAAGGCUGCUAAUAUUUUGUUGUUACAGGACUUUGAGCCUCAGAUAUCUGAUUUUGGGCUCGCAAAAUGGCUCCCUGACCAAUGGACUCACCUCACUGUAUCUCAGUUUGAAGGCACAUUUGGAUACCUACCCCCUGAGCUCUUCAUGCAUGGAAUUGUUGACGAGAAAACCGAUGUCUAUGCUUAUGGGGUGCUGCUGCUGGAGAUAAUUACAGGCCGCCCUGCUUUGGAUCAAUCCCAUAAUAGUGUAGUGAUGUGGGCCAAGCCUCAUCUGCUCAAAAGAAAUAUUGCCGAGUUGGCUGAUCCAG